AUGCUUAUGAGAUGCAAAUAUCGGGAAAUUGAUUAUUUACGGAAAACACUGGGUGGUCGUACUACAGAGGUUGCCCGUGAAAUAGAGGUCAACUUCCUGUACAUCUUCCUGGACAAUGUUGUUGUGAAUUGCUCAAACUCCUCGGUUGGUUAUGCUUUUGACGACGCAAACCUGAAUCCAGGGCACCCGGUUCAAGUUGUCAUCACKGACAGCAAGAAAAACUCGGCUCAAUUCACCAAGAAUGUUCCCAUUGCUUWUCCCCUGGUUGGUCCUCUGAAAAUAACGUGUCCUGGUUUUGUGGGGAUCGAUUUGCUCGCCAGUUUCAGUGUGAGCUUAACGGAAAGUAACGUAAGCUUUAUUUAUAACUUUGGCGACAACACAACGGCCGUGAGUAUACCCCAAAAUACUACAACACAUACCUUUUCCAGGCAAGGACGGUWCACGGUUAAGAUUACAGCCAAAGGUCUUGUCAACGAAAUAUCCUCGACUUGCGACGUGACUGUCGUGGAAAGCAUCCAAGGACUGAGUUGCGCUCAAGACGUCAUCGCGACGCCAUUGGGCAACUCUACAGCUCUUGGCUGGGUGAUUGAAAACGGUACUGACUUCAGUAUCAAGUUCCAAAUCAACCCCUCRCUGCCAACCUACCAGGUCGUUAAUCUAUCGGCCAGUGAUUUACUCGUGGUUUAUAAACAACAUAACUACACAGCUGUAGGYGAAUACCUGGUCAAUUUGUAUGCCUGGAAUAUAGUGAGCAACGUGAGCACCUUCUGUCGGGUGUUGGUACAAGAGGCUAUAACAUACGUGAACGCUACGAUUAUUUCACCAUUGGAUUGCAUUGAGAUGAAUCAAGAUGUGACCGUUGUGGUCCAAUCAGAUGGAACGACGCCACUGUAUGAGUACGACUUUGAUGGGAACAAUACCGCGUACAACACAACAAGCAACAGCGUCAGUCACAAAUGGACGAUGUAUGGUAAUUAUACCUUAARAAUUACAGCAAGAAACAAUGUCAGCUCCAAAGUAUUCCUUAAACCCGUAUUCRUCCCCAAACCAGUGAUGCUUCUGAAUCAMAUUGAAAUCGAUACAAAAGUUACCAACCUUACUACGAAGUCGAAACUGGUCAUGCGGCUCGGUCAGGGAUCUGACUUCAAAUGYAACAUUUCAUGGGGACCUACGCUUAAUACAAGUUUGUACUGCUACAAUCACACCUACUUUGCUGAUAAAAAAUCACUUAACACGACACCAUUUCAAAAUCUAGUCUUAUCAGAGGAGUAUGUUUAUCCUGAAACGGGAUGCUUCGUUGUGAACGUAUAUUGUUAUAACAGAAGAAGUAACGUAACGGGUACCACUACUGCGUGCGUUCAGAAGCCAAUUACGAAUUUCCUCCCAGUUCCUACAAUUCCACAAAUCAAUGGAGAAAAUUUCAUGGUUAACUUCAGCAUGACGGCCGGUACAAACGUAACGGUCCGUGGCACAAUGAACRACGUAGAUAUUUCUCCUUACGCGUUCGUUACGGAUACAAAUGGCUCACUUAUAGUACAAUAUUCAGUUCAUUAUAAACAAGUUGGCCAUUUUAKUUUGGAUUUUUUUGCGAAAAAUUUAGUGUCAGAGGUSAAUUCGACGUCAGUCAUUGUGACCGUCCAAGAGGCGAUUACGGAKUUGAAGUGCAACGUAACGUCGCAUUACGCUUUUAGCCAGGCUGGAAUUCAACCUGGAUGCACAAACAAGACCGAUACSUUUGCCGCUGAGUACAAYAUCACCAUGAACGCAACKCCURAUAAGGGAACRAAUCUCACCUGUUACUACACUCUUGGUGACGGACGRACCGUGAAUACUUCUAGUUUGAGUGUGGAACAUAAAUACUCUCCCGAAUACAAGAAUUAUACGACAACUGUWACGUGUUCUAACCUCGUUAGUUCCGUGACUUGUGCGUUUCCAAUAAGCAUGCAGAAAACAGUGAAAUCCCUUACCGUAACUAACAACGGCCCGAAGAAAUUCAAAAAACCAAUUACGUUUACUUUGAACGUAGCGGAUUUCGGUACGGGUACGUGUUUUACGCUGGAUUACGUAGAUGGUACUGCUAUUGACGUGCUUGGACCAGAUCAUUGUAAAUUGCUAACGUUUCCGCAAGGACAGACGUACAUUUCCUUAGCCGAAAGUAGUUCGUUCAUUGCUACGCAUCCGUUUGAUCAAGUGGAUGAAUACUACGUCAAAGUCAACGCUACGAAUGAMGUAUCGUGUAUGGCCACGGWAAUUCAAGCCGUAGCCGUCUUGAAAGAAUGCCACUACCCUAACGUCUCUAUUAUAGGUGCCGCUGAAAACGUAACCCAGGCAAACUUUUACUACAARUCCGAGGUAGUACAGCUUGUCGCUCACACCGAAGUGUUCUGUGAAGUAUCCAACAAAACAAACUACACGUGGACUAUAGUUAAAGUGAAAGACUUCAACAAUGAUACAAUUGAUCCACCCCAGGAGGUCAUUAUUUCAGGGACAUCGUUUACGCUUUCCAAACUUACUAUUUUACAAAGAUCUUUGACUUAUGGGGUAUAUAAGGUCUCAGUCACGGUCUAUAUGUCCGAGACCGUAGGAGUGAAAACAGUUAAGGAAGCCUACUUUGGAAUCUCUUGUACACCUUAUUUGGAAGUCAAGAUCAAAGAGGGAAAGGUGCUGAAGAGAACAAUUGGGAGUCCACUUACKUUCAAUGGUAGUCCUUCAUAUGACCCGGACCAUGGAACUGAUAUCUAUCGAAAUAUGACUUUCUACUGGUUCUGCCGAAAGAAGAAGGAGGCUGAACCAAAUAUUCACAGCCCUGAAAAUGUUCCAUUAAUAACUAUACCAAAUAAAAACACCAAAGCAAGCACGUUGACCAACGGAGGCUGCUUUGGUACYGGCGUUGGUCGUUUACCUUUGAAUUCAAUGACGUUCUCCCUGGACACUUCGCUGCCUGGAAUYGAGUCAGGAGCAGAUAAUAGUUUGGUCGUUACUUUGGUUGUGGUUAAAAACGAUUCGUGCGGUGUAAGGGUUCAAAAUUUCGACCAGUAUGUUGAACUCACAAAAGAAGGCGUGCCAGACCUAUCGACUCAGUGUACACUAAAUUGCAAGAGGGAGGUCAACGUCAACGAAAAGACGUCUUUCAAAGCGACUUGCACGGGUUGUAAUUCACAGACAAUAUACAAAUGGAGUUGUAAGGAACUCAAAUCGUGCGCAGAAGACCCAACAGAUCCCAAAAACACAUUGCGCGCUUUGACAGACGAGSAKUUUGAAAAUCUGUUGUAUGGUAAAGUCAGUGAUUUCCACAUUGUAUUCAAAGAAGGAAAACUCGAAGGCGGAAAAUGCUACUUUGUCACUCUAAMAGCARCCAACCCUGCAAGAAGACGUAAACGAGCUGUUGAUAGCUCACAGGUUGGAGAAAAUGCCUUUUUAAUGGAAACGAACAAACCUCCAGAAAAAGGAUCAUUAGUGAUAUCUCCAAUGGUCGGCUACGCAAUGAACACCUCAUUCACGUUUGGUUUUAGCAAUUGGCAAGAUACAAAUAUCCCACUUACUUACUCUUGUGGCAUUUGGGAUGGAAUCAACUUUCAGCUGAUUGAGACCACAGGCGAAGAAGAGAUUCAGAUGAUGCUACCAGCAGGUGAUCAAGCCAAGAAUUAUAAUGUGACAGUGCGCUGUAAAGUUACGGACAGACAAGGAGCUGCUACAAUACUUGAUAAGCAAUUACAGGUUCGCCCUGCUAAUGAUGAAUACUCCCUCUUGUCUUUUCUUGUGCUGGACAAAGACGGAGCUUUAAAUCAAGCUGUAGAGAAAGGGGACUUCGCAGCUAUUCUUAAAAUUAGUAUUUCAGUCGGAGAAAUGCUGUAUAAACUGAAUGAAGCAAAUGAAGAUUCUUUGAAGGGGAAUAUAACAGACGCAGAAAAACAAAAGAUAGAAGGCCGCGUUGAAGAGAUACAAAAGGCACAAGCAGAGGUAAUCACUAAGUUGACAUUAGUCCAAGUAGACACGAUGGACGAUGCUGAAGUACUGGCGAGUGCUUUAAACGGUAUAACUAAGUCUUACAGCAGUUUGGACGAUCAAUCACAGGAAAAGGCCUUGAUGGUGAUGUCAACAUUAAAAGAUCUGGUUGUAUCCKCAAAUCCAUUAGAUCAAAGUUUYUCGUCAUUGAAGGACACCUGUGCUCAACUAACGAGUUGCUUUGGACAAAUUGCUUCGGCAUCAGCCAAAACUGCAACAUACAAUAGCACAGAGACUAUGUUUGACAUCACAGGAUCAUCAAAGAAUCCUAACAUUACUGGAAUGGUGUCGAACAGAGAGUCGGCUAAAGUACGUGUGCAAGCUAUACUGAAGAUGACAAUUGACGUGAAUAAAUUAUUAUUAAGUAAUCAGCUGCCRGGUGAGGCGCAACUUCACCUGUAUUCUGACACCCUCAACACAACUCUGGCUAAAGUCUUUGUCAAAGACCUUGGGCAAGCAAGUAUCGGCGAUGGGCGUACGAGUGUGUCUUUGCCUCCAGGUGAAGGCAUGGGAAUGAAGCUUUUGGACUCCACAAAGGACAAUAUUGGCUGCGCGGUAUCCAGCUUCCUUAACCCAAUAAUUACCUGGACAAACACCAGCGAUCUUAUCAAAUCCCAGUUAGUCGAUAUUAAUAUGUUUGGCGACGGCGGGAAACUAUUGACCCUUGAGGGAUUCACUACCCCCGCAAGAAUAGACGUUCCUCGAGAUGCUGGCRAAAUUCCUGCAUUAGAAAAUCGAUUCAUGCGAAAAUACAAAGCCAAUGCAGAAUUCGACCAAUAUUUACAAUUCCACGAGGUCAAACUCACCUCUCGCGACAUGGCGAAUCACCUGCAARUUAUACCAAGAAACCAAACCAUAUCUCUAGGCGUAUAUAUCCAGUUCGGGGAGAGAGCUUACCCAGAAGAAGGGAAGUUUCUGUACAACUGGACAKUGCCAGAUUUUAGCAGCUGCAAGCUUGAUGAUAUUAACGAAACGAGGAUGGUUGGCGAUCACCAAGUGUACAUGGUUGAUCCUGAUAAGUACUGCGAUAUCGAUCCAUACACUGUUUUUAUAACAUAUGACUUACUGCAAAAACUGGGGACGAUAUAUAUUACAAUAGCGUAUACAUCCUUUAAAGACCCACCACCUACUGAAGCUCCUAGAAAAAGAAGGGCAAUCCCAGGCGUACCAUGUGGUAGCCAUGGUGGUCGAAUGAAACGUUCUUGUGUGUUCAUACCACCUCCUCCACCAACCCCACCAACUGAGCCACCUUGGGGGGCCCUUGUAGAAGUGGRUACGAAAAAUCCCUUGGAGGACUUGAUGGGCAAUUUGAUCGAUUUGAAUAACACGAUACAGUACGAUGUCCGCAUCUUCCAGACAAACUGUCUUUUCUUCAAUGAMACAGCCCAAGCCUACCUUAAUUACGGUUGUAAGGUUUCAAACAAAACCCGCAAGGACAAAGUAGUCUGCCUGUGCAACCAUUUUACCAGUUUUGGCAGCGACUUCUUCGUAGCUCCAAAUCCCAUCGACUUUGAUAAAGUGUUCUCGGCUGAUCUCAGCAAGAAUCCGGUAGUUUUGUCGGUCGUCUGUGGAUUAUUUGGUCUCUACYUGAUUCUGGUCGUCUUCGCAAGGCGAGCUGAUAAGAGAGACGAGAAAAAGACUGGCGUAACCCCAUUGCCAGCCAACGCUGCCCCAGGCUCCCACUCGUUUCUCAUUUCAAUCCACACUGGCGUUAGAAUGAAUGCUGGUACGACAGCCAAUGUGUAUGUGGUGCUCUCGGGAGAAGAAGGCGAGGCACCACCGGUUCUUUUAACCGAUCCAGAGAGACCGCUGUUUACAAGAGGUGCCGACAACGCAUUAGUCAUGACGAUUCCUAAAGAUGUUGGAAAAAUCACUCAUUUAAGAGUGUGGCACGACAAUACAGGUCUCAGUCCUUCCUGGUACCUGAGUCGAAUCGCCCUCGAGGAUCUUCAUAACCACAACAAGGUGUACUUUGUUUGUGAAAGAUGGCUGGCCGUUGAAGAGGACGACGGACGUGUUGACAGGAUUAUCCCUGUUGCAAGUGACAAAGAAUUAACACAGUUCAACCACCUGUUUGUCAGCAAGACGGUCCGCGAACUAGGAGACGGACACUUGUGGUUCUCCAUCAUUGCUCGUCCACCGCAGAGUGUGUUCACGCGUGUCCAACGUCUUUCCGUCGCGCUCUCUCUCUUGUACUGCACCAUGAUCACUAGUUGUAUGUUUUACAACACAGGUGGACAAAAAGAGGAUCCCACUUACAUCCUUUAUUUGGGAUCACUGAAGAUUGAUCUCAAACAAAUGAUCAUUGGGUUGCAGUCUAGUCUGAUCGUCUUCCCCGUCAACUUGGCUUUCAUGCAGAUCUUUAGAAACAUCCGUCCUGAUGAACCCAACACAGAAAAAGCCGAAGACAUCACAGAAGGUUUCGACGAUGUUUGCGAAGAUGACGAUAUGAAAGACUUGGAGAAGAAGAAGAAGAAGAAAAAAGAGAAGAAAGGGUUGCAUCCAAAAUGGCGGUACGUCGCUUGGGCGAUUUGCGCAUUAUCAACAAUAGCGUCGGCCAGUUUUACCGUGUUUUACAGUCUUAGUUGGGGUCCUGAAACCGCCAAUAAGUGGAUGAUUGCGUUUGUAUUGUCUUUCUUCCAAUCGGUUCUUUUGAUCCAGCCAGUCAAAGUCAUAUUUGCAGCCAUUGUGUUUGCACUGAUUAUUAAAAAGCCUAUUGAAAAUGAAGAAGAGAGCAACAAAGAUGAGGUGGCCCAGUCCUGCACGAAGAAUAUUCCCGAGAAACCAAUGAUGUCGGACGAUUAUAUGUUUAGUGAUGGAACACGUGUCGGCCCUCCAGAUGAACUGAUGUUAAUGGCCGCUCGACAGAAACGUUUGAAGGAAAUCCGAAUGCAGAUUAUCUUGAGGGAAAUUAUCGCGUUUUUUAUGUUUAUGGCCGUUCUACUGCUUGUUGCUUACGGAAACAGGGAUCCCAAUGCUUACUUGUUGCGKAAAUCUUUGUAUGACUCGUUUGUGAACCCAGGUGUUGGAGAUAAAGUGCCUUUCAAUGGUGUUGGCGAUGUUGACUCGUUUUGGUUCUGGACUCGAGAGACUCUUCUCCCAACAUUGUACCCAGGCCCUUGGUACAACGGACAAAAGGACAAAUAUAAAGGUUUCCUUGACGACAGACAUAAUUAUUUAGUAGGAAUUUCGCGACUUCGGCAGGAGCGUGUCAAACCAGAUACGUGCACUGUUGUACCAAUAAUGCGCCACAUCUUCCCUACCUGUUACGGRCAAUUUUCCAUGUCGAAUAUCGAAGACAGAGAUUUUGAUACAAACUGGAAGUACUUGAACAAAUCCAAGACCGCUGCAAAACGCAAAMGAAGGAGCGUCCAAGAGCAGCUGUGGUUCGUUGGAAAGAACGAUAAACUUGUGGAAUACGAUGCGACACRUAAAAUUCUAAAACGUAAACGUAGAGCUAUCGAUCCUGUUUACAAAUCGGACUCUGGCCGUCAAGCACGUAAAAGAGAUCGUGGCGCAAGCAAGACGUAUACUAUCUUGGAGACGGCCAUUUUGCCCGAUGGCUCCAUCAUGUCUUGUCCGACGCGAUGGCAGUACCACACCAUGUUUGAACUUCGGGGCUUUCCGUACUGGGGAAUGCUUAAUUUCUACGGUGGGGGUGGGUAUCCGGCYGAUUUGGGUUACGACUAUAGCACGGCAAUGACAGUCAUCGCGGAUACGAAUUCCCAUAACUGGCUUGACGUGCAGUCGCGUGCCGUUUUUAACGAGUUCACGAUUUACAACGCGAAUACAAAUCUUUUUGCGGCCGCCUUCUUAUUCAUGGAGUUUUUGCCAGACGGUGGUGCCUUCUCAACAGCCAAUUUUGUGGUUUCACGGCUUUACAGCUACGUUGGGCCAUUUGCAAAAUUGAUCCUUGCCAUGGAGGUCAUCAUGCUGGUUUUUAUGUUUUACUUUAUGUAUCGUGAAUUCAAACUUAUGUACAAACAGGGGAWGGCCUACUUUCACGGGUUCUGGAACUGGAUUGAAGUGAUUCUUAUUGUUCUUGAAUUCGUCAUGACCAUCUUGUUUUUCGCGCGCAUGUGGGAAACGGACAAAAAUUUCAUCAAGCUGCAUCACAACCCUAAAGAUUUCGUAAGCUUUCAAUACGCAACCGCCGCGGACCAGACCCUUACGUACGUGAUUGGUUUCCUAGUGUUUUUAGUCACGUUGCGUUUCCUCAAACUGUUACGUUUUAAUAAAAAAAUGGCGUUCAUUGGUACAACGAUAAGCGUCAUUGCCAAGCCGAUCGGCCUCUUUAUGAUCAGCUUUUCGGUUGUCUUUGCGUCGUAUAAUUGCUUCGGUGUACUCAUCUUCGGCGCUGCAAGCGACUACUACAAGGACAACKUAUCCGCGGCCGUAACGCAAAUGAGGAUCCUUUUGGGAGACUUUGAUUACUUCGAGUUGACGGAUAUCGAACCGAUUCUUGGGCCCUUAUACUUCUUCACCUACAUGUACCUCAUCGUAUUUUUCCUGAUGAAUAUGUUCCUUGCAAUCAUCAACGACAGUUUCUCUGAAGUCAAAGAACUGGAGGAUAAAUUGUCCAACGAAUAUGAAAUGGUGGAGUUCAUCAUGGAAAGAUUAAAAAAUCAAAUGGCGUUUAUGAAGAGAGGARAUCCAAGCCAGGUGAAGACGCCUUAUGGUCCUGGGUCCGCGGUACCUUUCUGGGAGUACAAACGAAGGAAGUCUUCAAUAUCGAGCGACUCGGAAUUCAGUUGCACCACAAACCUCACGGCCAUYAAGGCGAAAAGAGACCUGAAGCUAAUGGAAGAUGAUCUAAGUGACCUCAUCAAACGACUUAGUGAGAUGGAAGUCGAGGAUGUGGAAUCUGACGAGGCUUUUAUUAAGGUUGCGCAAAAUGUUCAUUCCAGAGGAGAUCGUUACAGCGACAGUGAAAGCGAUGCAGAAAGCGAUGCAGGCACUCAAUUUAGUAAUGCAACGAAGUCUGGUGAGGACGAUGCUWUAUCGAGAUCGACUGACUUGAACACUGAAUAAGACUACAUAUCACGAUGCGCACCCCAAAAACUAUGUACAUACGGUGGGAACUCUGCAUUAGAUACACUAACCUUUGUAUUAUAACGGUGGUCGUGUUAUAAAGGUGGUCGUACUAUAGAUGUGGUCGUACUGUAAGAGAUCCACCGUUUAUCAUACAGAACUUUCUAUAGAUAUAUUGAACCUCUUUAAUAGGGACUCGGAUUAAUGCUUAUGUGGUCGUAUUAUGAAGUUGUCCCUAAACAGAGGUUCCAAUAUUUACCAUUCACAAUGAAUGUUUUURUUUCAAGGAGCACMGACACAAAUUCAUSCUUAUCAAAGCAGCCAAUAUAUUCAAGUCCCCAUAGUUCCUUGCGGGGGGAAAAUAACUCCCAUAAGCCUUGUCGGCACAARGCGCAUUAGGCAGGGACCUUAAAAAGCAAUAUCAGUUUAGACAGUUUUUAAGUUGGACGUUSGUACCUAUAUACGAAUAUAAACAUUCUAGUUCUAAUGGGAUUUUUCUCAAACUAAAUAAUUUCAGUAUUAAACACUGCAGGRACAAGUUAAGUUGAACUUAAGCUUAUCUACAACUGAAUUAUAGAAUACCAAUUUGACAAGUUUCUCUUAGCUGAGGAAAGCAAAUUAAGAUACAUUAUCCAAUCGUUUCUAGAUUACAUGCGCAGUGAUAGUGCACCACAUGAAGAGAAAAUAAACACCUAAAAAAA